AUGGCCAAUGUAGCAGAGCAGGACCCGUCAGGUCCCAGUGCCCCUCUCCUUGCUUCAUCGCCAGACCAUGACACCGAACAAGAAACCCUUGCCCCCGAGCUCCAGUACUCAGGAGGAUGGUUUAUUUGGGCGUUGACCUUCUCCGCGGGAAUAAGUGGUCUACUUUUUGGCUACGACACCGGUGUCAUCUCGUCGACUUUGGUGACCGUCGGAUCAGAUUUAUCCCACCGAACAUUGACUACACUUGACAAAAGCCUCAUUACGUCUUGCACCAGUUUGUUUGCGUUGAUCGCAAGCCCUUUCACCGGCGUACUGGCGGACAAGCUCGGUCGACGGAAGGUCAUACUCGGUGCAGAUGCGUUGUUCGCAAUAGGAGCAUUAGUGCAGGCCUUUACCAGUCAGGUCUGGGGUAUGAUACUGGGACGCAGCAUUGUGGGUCUUGCAGUUGGAAGUGCGAGUGCUGUCACUCCACUCUACAUAUCCGAGCUAGCACCCUCCCACGCAAGAGGAAGACUGGUGACUAUCCUCAGUCUGUUCAUAACCGGCGGCCAGGUCGUGGCAUACAUAGUUGGGUGGCUGUUUUCUCUCACGCCCGGAGGAUGGCGAUGGAUCGUGGGCAUCGGAGCAUUCCCAGCCUUCUUCCAGCUUGCGAUUCUUGCAUUCCUACCCGAGACCCCUAGGUGGCUGGUCCAGGCUGGGUAUAACGCACGAGCAAAGAAAGUCUUGACUAAAAUUUACCAAGACUGUCCAGGAUGUGACCGAGUGGUGGACCGCUUGGUCCAUGACAUCAGCAAGGAGAUUGAGCAAGAGACCUCGGAGCUGGGACAGCCCAAGCCUCGGGGUUCAACACCUCUGUGGAUCCAUGAUGCAUUUGAACGAGGCCAGCAGUUGUUCCACGGGGGCAACCGGAGAGCGUUGAUCAUUGCGAUGAUGUUACAGGCUGUGCAGCAACUCUGCGGAUUCAACAGUCUCAUGUACUUCUCCGCAACCAUUUUCGCCUCCCUCUCCUUCUCCUCUCCGACGCUGACCUCGCUCUCGGUGGCAAUGACGAACUUCCUCUUCACACUCCUUGCGUUUGUACUGAUUGACAAGAUUGGACGCCGACGGAUUCUUCUCUACUCGAUACCAGUGAUGGUCAUUGCUCUGAUACUCUGCGCACUUUCAUUCUCAUCUCUGGACGGUGCGUGGAAUACACAAGCCCCAGCCAGUGGUGACACCCAAGAUAGCCCCAGCUCCCUUGUGCCUCUGGCCAUUCUUUUCUGUCUGACAACUUAUACGGCGGCGUACGCUCUCGGACUCGGCAAUGUGCCCUGGCAGCAGUCCGAACUAUUAUUCCCCCUGAAUGUGCGGUCCCUGGGAUCUGCCCUGGCAACAGCCACUAAUUGGGGAUCGAAUUUCGUGAUUGGUCUCACGUUUUUGCCCAUGAUGGAAUUCUUCUCUCCGCCAUGGACCUUUGCGCUUUAUGCCGUUGUGUGUGUGGUGGGCUGGUUUGCUGUCUGGAAGAUAUACCCCGAGAUGAGUGGACUUGGCCUGGAAGAAGUCAAGGGCCUAUUGGCAGGCGGUUGGGGAGUAGAGGAAAGUUUACAACGACGGCGGCUAUCUCGACAUAUAUAG